UCUGGACACAUUCCGGCCAUGAGUGAGCUUCUGGAGUUCCUGCGAACUCACGAAGAAGCUUUCCGUAGUCGUUCACGUCUAGCUUCUCUCUACUCCGACUUUCGAUCUCAGCGCCAAACGAAUCCCGAUGGCUACACAGCAAACUCAUCCGCGUGGCUCCGAGCCUUGACCUCCGCAGCGAAGGCAGGUUUACUUCCUUCACCGAGUGGAGCUCAGAACGAUCGCUUCGUGUUGAAUGGUGGAGAGGAGCUCUUGAGGAACUUGGAAGGGGAAUAUGGCAGACCGCUGGCUUUGAGUGCUGUGCUGCAAGAUGCCAUACAAGCUGGAGCGCUCGUGGAACUGAGGACAUUUCUGAACAAAAAAGAGAGCUUAUACAAGAAGAGAUGGGUGCCCACUGUAGGAGAAGUUGUAGGGUGGGGUUUGAGGCAACUGGGCGUGAUUGGAGACAGCGAAGACAGACUUGUGAAGGGGAACUUUGUGGUGGUUGCAAACGUGGAGGCGGCGGCGAAAGCAGUACUGGACACGAUUUCGAAGACGGCCACGAGUCCUAGCUCACGGAUAUUUUCACGAGAGAUGUUCGCAAAUACCUUUGGACCUCACCUCGGAGCACAGGACGGACUAAGUUCGAACGACCUGUCCGUCCUCAUGGUGCACCUGGCGCGCGAUCGACAGGCAAUAUCCUACCAUGAUGCCUCCGGUACCAUCAAGUUCGCAUCGCCCACCGAACCAGUUCCGUCGCCAGUUACAGAAGAAGAUAUAUCGAUAGCUUCACUCCGCUCUCUGAUAGGUUCUCUGAGUCCUCAAAUCGACCUCCUCACGGAUCAAAUAGCAGCUUCAGACAAAGCUGCUCGGGAAGCAGUGAGCAAAAAGCAGCUCCACUCGGCGAAGAUUGCGCUACGUCAAAAGAAGGCCGCAGAGACAAAGCUCAGCCAGCGAACAGCGACACUCACACAGUUGGAAGACGUCUACGCCAAGAUCGAACAGGCGAGCGAUCAGGUUGAGAUCGUGAAAGUCAUGGAGGCUAGUGGUGCGGCUUUGAAGAGUCUCAACAAGCAGACGGGCGGUGUGGAGAGAGUGCAGGAUGUGAUGGACGGGCUACGAGAGGAGAUGAUGAACGCCGAUGAGAUUGGCAAUGCCAUCAACGAAUUGUCCUCGGGCGAGAUCGACGAAGGCGAGGUGGAGGAUGAGUUGGAAGCUUUGGAGAAGCGAGAAGAACGCCAGAAGAAGGAGCUGGAUGAGGCCGAGCAGACCAGACUCAAGCUGGCCGAGCUGGAGAGUUUGGGCACGCCGCCGACUGAGGUGAAGUCUCAGGAUACAGUUAUGAAGGAGGCUGAGCAGAGCACUGCUUGA